GGGUCUGCGGAAGACGGGCAGGCGUGCGUCCCUCCCCCGCUUCUGCUAGAUCUUCGCGCCCCUCCUGGCUGAGUAGCCGCAAGGUCCCCUGGGAGUCGAAGCUUUCCGCGUUGCUAUGGCGCCGGGGGCGGGGCGGACGCCUGGGCCCACUCGGCCGUUUGGCGGGAGGGAGGGGCUUUGCGCAGGCCCCGCUCCCGCCCCGCCUCCAUGCGGCCCGCCCCGAUUGCGCUGUGGCUGCGCCUGGUCUUGGCCCUGGCCCUCGUCCGCCCCCGGGCUGUGGGGUGGGCCCCUGUCCGAGCCCCCAUCUAUGUCAGCAGCUGGGCCGUCCGGGUGUCCCAGGGUAACCGGGAGGUCGAGCACCUGGCACGCAAAUUCGGCUUCGUCAACCUGGGGCCGAUCUUCCCUGACGGGCAGUACUUUCACCUGCGGCACCGGGGCGUGGUCCAGCAGUCCCUGACCCCGCACUGGGGCCACCGCCUGCACCUGAAGAAAAACCCCAAGGUGCAGUGGUUCCAGCAGCAGACGCUGCAGCGGCGGGUGAAGCGCUCUGUGGUGGUGCCCACAGACCCCUGGUUCUCCAAGCAGUGGUACAUGAACAGCGAGGCCCAACCAGACCUGAGUGUCCUGCAGGCCUGGAGUCACGGGCUGUCAGGCCAGGGCAUCGUGGUCUCUGUGCUGGAUGACGGCAUCGAGAAGGACCACCCGGACCUCUGGGCCAACUACGUGAGACCGCGGGUGACUGGGGGCGAGGGCUGCCCCAGGUGCCGAGGCUGGCUCCAUGGCUCCACCCUAGGGAUGCCUCCCAGCCCCCUCAUAUCCCCACCUGCCCCCAGGACCCCCUGGCCAGCUACGACUUUAAUGACUACGACCCGGACCCCCAGCCCCGCUACACCCCCAGCAAAGAGAACCGGUGUGCGGAUGCUGGACGGUACCAUCACCGAUGUCAUCGAGGCCCAGUCGCUGAGUCUGCAGCCGCAGCACAUCCACAUUUACAGCGCCAGCUGGGGUCCCGAGGACGACGGCCGCACGGUGGACGGCCCCGGCAUCCUCACCCGUGAGGCCUUCCGGCGUGGCGUGACCAAGGGCCGCGGCGGGCUGGGCACGCUCUUCAUCUGGGCCUCGGGCAACGGCGGCCUGCACUACGACAACUGCAACUGCGACGGCUACACCAACAGCAUCCAUACGCUCUCCGUGGGCAGCACCACCCAGCAGGGCCGCGUGCCCUGGUACAGCGAAGCCUGUGCCUCCACCCUCACCACCACCUACAGCAGCGGCGUGGCCACCGACCCCCAGAUCGUCACCACGGACCUGCAUCACCGGUGCACGGACCAGCACACGGGCACCUCGGCCUCAGCCCCACUGGCAGCCGGCAUGAUCGCCCUAGCGCUGGAGGCCAACCCGUUCCUGUCGUGGAGAGACAUGCAGCACCUGGUGGUCCGCGCGUCCAAGCCGGCGCACCUGCAGGCAGAAGACUGGAGGACCAACGGCGUGGGGCGCCAAGUGAGCCAUCACUACGGCUACGGGCUGCUGGACGCCGGGCUGCUGGUGGACACCGCCCGCACCUGGCUGCCCACCCAACCGCAGAGGAAGUGUGCCGUCCGGGUCCAGAACCGCCCCACCCCCAUCCUGCCGCUGAUCUACAUCAGGAAAAAUGUAUCGGCCUGCGCCGGCCUCCACAACUCCAUCCGCUCGCUGGAGCACGUGCAGGCGCAGCUGACGCUGUCCUACAGCCGGCGCGGAGACCUGGAGAUCUCGCUCACCAGCCCCAUGGGCACGCGCUCCACACUAGUGGCCAUACGACCCUUGGACGUCAGCACUGAAGGCUACAACAACUGGGUGUUCAUGUCCACCCACUUCUGGGAUGAGAACCCACAGGGCGUGUGGACGCUGGGCCUGGAGAACAAGGGCUACUAUUUCAACACGGGGACGUUGUACCGCUACACGCUGCUGCUCUAUGGGACGGCCGAGGACAUGACAGCACGGCCUACAGGCCCCCAGGUGACCAGCAGCGCGUGUGUGCAGCGGGACACAGAGGGGCUGUGCCAGGCGUGUGAUGGCCCCGCCUACAUCCUGGGACAGUUCUGCCUGGCCUACUGCCCGCCGCGGUUCUUCAACCACACAAGGCUUGUGACCGCCAGGCCUGGGCACAUGGCGGCGCCCGCGCUGAGGGUCUGCUCCAGCUGCCACGCCUCCUGCUACACCUGCCGCGGCGGCUCCCCGAGGGACUGCACCUCCUGUCCCCCGUCCUCCACGCUGGACCAGCAGCAGGGCUCCUGCGUGGGACCCACCACCCCCGACAGCCGCCCCUGGCUUAGAGCUGCCUCCUGUCCCCACCACCGCUGCCCAGCCCUGGCCAUGGUGCUGGGCCUCCUGGCCAUGACCCUCGGAGGCCCCGUCCUCUGCGGCAUGUCCAUGGACCUCCCACUAUACGCCUGGCUCUUCCGUGCCAGGGCCACCCCCGCCAAACCCCAGGUCCGGCUGCCAGCUGGAACCCGAAGUUGUCAGCUCAGAAAGCGACCUUGCCCCCGCCUGGGUCCCUGACAGGCACUGCUGCCAUGCUGCCUCCCCAGGCUGGCCCCAGAGGAGGGAGCACCAGCCCCCGACACCUGGCCUGCCAGGGGUGGGCCCCAUGGAAUCCCGCAGCCUGGCGGGAGAGAGAGAGAGAAGUCUCCUCUGCAUUUUGGGUUUGGGUGGGAGUGGGCUGUGGGGAGAGGCUGGAGCACCCCAAAAGCCAGGGGAAAGUGGAGGGAGAGAAACAUGACACUGUCCGUCUCGGGCACCGCGUCCAACCUCAGAGUUUGCAAAUAAAGGUUGCAUAGAAGGUG